AUGCUGCGUCUGGCUGCUUUUGCAGCGGUGCUGCUGUUCCUCAGGGUCACUUUGGAACUGUCCUGGGCCCAGGCCAUCCCUGCUCUCUUCAUCUUCUACCUUGGAUCCGGCGGAUGGGACUUCUUCCUCAUAUUCCUCAAGACAUUACGAAGAGACGUCACCACGGGGCUGGUCCUGUUGCGGGUGAAGUGGCAGGUAUGGAGGCACGUGAGGGAGAAGAACACAAUUGCCAAGAUCUUCCAGAAGACCACGAGGAAGUAUCCAGAGAAGACAGCACUGAUCUUCCAAGGCACGGGUGAGAGCUGGACCUUCCGGCAGCUGGAUGAGUACUCCAACCAGGUGGCCAAUUUCUUCUACGGCCAAGGCUUCCGCUCCGGUGACGUGGUGGCCCUUUUCAUGGAGUCCCGCAAUCAGUACGUGGGGCUGUGGCUCGGCCUGGCCAAGAUCGGGGUGGAGACGGCCCUCGUGAACUCCCACCUGCGCAUGGAGGCCUUGCUGCACUGCAUCACCAUCUCCAACUCCAAGGCUGUGGUUUUUGGGGUGGAGAUGAUGGAAGCAAUGCAGGAAGUGCAGCCCUCCCUGGACAAAUCCAUCCAUCUCUUCUGGUCUGGGGAAGGAAGUCCUGAAUCCAUGCUUCCUGGUGUGAAACACCUGGACCCCCUCCUGCAGAUGGCCCAGCGACACCAGCCACCCACCCCUGACAAGGGCUUUCUUGAUAAACUCUUCUACAUCUACACUUCUGGCACAACGGGGCUGCCCAAGGCUGCCAUUGUGGUGAACUGCCGGUACUUCCGCAUGUCCAGCUUAGUUUUUUAUGGUUUUCGGAUGAGGUCUGACGAUGUGAUGUACGACUGCCUCCCGCUCUACCACGCUGCAGGGAACAUCGUGGGGAUCGGGCAGUGCCUCCUGCAGGGAAUGACGAUUGUCAUCCGCAAGAAGUUCUCGGCCUCGCACUUCUGGGAGGACUGCGUGAAAUACAACUGCACGAUUGUGCAGUACAUCGGGGAGAUCUGCCGCUACCUGCUGAACCAGCCGUACCAGGACGCGGAGCGGCAGCACCGGGUGCGGAUGGCGGUGGGCAACGGGCUGCGAGCCUCCAUCUGGAGGGAGUUCAUGGCCCGCUUCGGCAUCGCCCAGGUGGCCGAGUUCUACGGGGCCACCGAGUGCAACUGCAGCCUGGGAAACUUCGAUGGCAACGUUGGGUCAUGUGGCUUCAACAGCAGGAUCCUGCCAGGUGUGUACCCCAUCGGCUUGGUGAAGGUGGACGAAGACACCAUGGAGCUGAUCCGGGGGCCGGAUGGUGUCUGUAUCAGCUGUAAACCAGGGGAGCCAGGGCAGCUGGUGGGUCGCAUUGUCAGGAGCAAUCCCCUGCAGCACUUUGAUGGCUACCUGAAUCAGUCAGCCACCAACAAGAAAAUCGCCAGGGACGUGUUUACAAAAGGGGACGCUGCCUAUCUCACAGGGGAUGUGCUGGUGAUGGAUAAAUAUGGCUACAUGUACUUCCGUGACCGCACCGGGGACACGUUCCGCUGGAAAGGGGAGAACGUCUCCACCACAGAGGUGGAGGGAACGCUGAGCCGCAUCCUCAACCUGACGGACGUGGUGGUUUAUGGGGUGGAGGUCCCAGGGAUUGAAGGGAAGGCAGGAAUGGCAGCCAUUGCUGACCCGGAGAACUCCUGUGACCUGGAAGACUUUUCCAGCAAGCUGAAAAAGGCGCUGCCACUGUACGCACGUCCCGUCUUCCUGAGGUUCCUGCAUGAAGUCUCCAAGACAAGCACCUACAAGUUCCAGAAGAUGGAGCUGCGGAAGCAGGGCUUUGACCCUGCAGUGGUGAAGGACAAGUUGUAUUUUCUGGACUCCAGGCAAGGCCGAUACCUGCCACUGGACCAGGCAGCAUUUGGCAGGAUCCAGUCAGGAGACCAGAAGCUGUAAUCGGAGCCAGUUCUCCUUUUAUUUGGCCUCAUAAAUGACUUCUGGAAACAAGAAGAAUAGCUCAUACAAAACCAUAACUGCAAACUCUGAUCUGGAGUUAAGAUUACCAGAUCCUCGGCACGCAAAAUGCUUCAGUCAUUUCUGAAGAGUAUAGAAGGAUGAUUUUUGUCUAAGGCUUCUUUCCUCAGCUGCUUUUCCCUACAUUUCCAUCCUGGGCCAUAUCUCUGAGAUACUCAAAAGCCUCGAGAUUUAAGAGAUAUUUAAAAUCCAGAUGGAAUUUUUGGAUGAAGACCACGGUCAACAGCUUCACGUCCCUGCCAUCACGUAACCCCGGCAGCGAAGGCAGCAUUCAUCUGUGAGGGACUGGCCUUUCCUGGGGCCCAGCCCGGAGAAUGAUCUCCUCGGGAGAACAAAAGGCCAUUACAAACACCACCACCUUCUGCUCCCGGGGUUAGGCGUGCUCUGACCCCCGUUAGCAUAAACGAAGAGCAAUCUGUCUGUGUAAAUUUAUGCCCCUUACACAUAAUGCAUCAUGUAUAUGCAUAGCUGUUACAUUUCUAUGUGCAUGCG